CAUUCCUCGAGACUAGCAUUGUUUUCCUUCGCUUGCACUCCCCGCAUUUGAAGUUGAGUUAGAACUCGCUUUUUGAGCACUCGUCAUCGCCAUGUCUAAUACCGAUUUCGUCGGGAAAGCGAUAACCAUCGUCAAGAGGGCGAUCGAGGAGGACACGGCCGGGAAUUAUGAGGCCGCGUACACUCAGUAUUACUCCGCCCUGGAAUGUUUCAUGCUAGCUUUGAAAUGGGAGAAGAAUCCAAAGAUGAAGGAGAGCAUCCGUGCUAAAGCUGCCGAGUACAUGGAGCGAGCUGAGAAGCUCAAGACGCACCUUGAAGAGUCUAAAGGGAAGAAGAAGCCCAGUAAAGUUGGUGUGAACGGGAAGGAGAAUGGAGGAGGACAGAAAGGGAGGCAUGAGGACGCCAUUGACCCAGAGAACAAAAAGCUGAGAGGAGCACUUGCUGGAGCUAUUCUUACGGAGAAACCGAACAUCCGUUGGGAGGACGUCGCUGGUCUGGAAGGUGCUAAAGAAGCGCUGAAGGAAGCGGUUAUCUUACCCAUAAAGUUCCCCCAUCUGUUUACUGGGAAGAGGAAGCCUUGGAGGGGCAUUCUGCUUUACGGACCCCCCGGUACCGGUAAGAGUUACCUUGCAAAGGCUGUGGCGACGGAAGCGAAUAGCACUUUCUUCUCGGUUAGCAGUUCGGACUUGGUUUCUAAGUGGAUGGGUGAGAGUGAGAGGCUUGUGAAGCAACUGUUUGCGAUGGCGAGAGAAAACAAACCUUCGAUUAUCUUCAUUGACGAGGUCGAUGCCCUUUGCGGAACUAGAGGAGAGGGCGAGAGUGAAGCUAGUCGAAGGAUAAAAACCGAGAUGUUGGUUCAGAUGGACGGAGUAGGUCAUGAUACAUCAGGUGUGUUGGUACUCGGAGCAACGAAUAUCCCAUGGCAAUUGGAUUCUGCUAUCCGACGACGAUUCCAGCGAAGAAUACACAUCGCUGUUCCUGACCUUCCCGGCCGAGUCAAGAUGUUCGAACUUUCGGUAGGCUCAACGCCUUGCACUCUCACCCCUCAGGACUACAAAAGCCUCGGCCAGAUGUCAGAAGGCUACACCGGCAGUGAUAUCAACAUCGCCGUUCAAGACGCCCUCAUGCAACCAGUCCGGAAAAUCCAAACGGCGACCCACUACAGAAAGGUCAUAACACCAGAGCACGAGGAAAAGCUAACACCAUGUUCCCCCGGCGCCCCCGGCGCAAUGGAGAUGACAUGGGUAGACGUAGACCCCGACAAGCUCAUGGAGCCGCCCCUAGAGCUGAAGGACUUUGUAAAAGCCGUGAGAAUGAGCCGACCCACCGUCAGCAAGGAGGACAUCAAGAAGAGCGAUGAUUGGACAGCGGAGUUCGGAAGCGAAGCUUAAGUUAGAGAAUCAGAGAAUUACAACCGGUAGCCGCAGGAGAUUUUCGUUUCCAGUUUUUGCGGAUCUUUUUCUUCUUGGUCUUGUCGGAUGGCCUUGUCUCGUCUCGUCGUCGUGUAUAGCUUAUAUAUCGGGCUUCAUCGCAUGGGUUUUUUGCAAAAAAUUUCCCCUUUUCUUCACUUUGAAUGGAAGUUUGGUGGUUUGUUGGGGGGGGGGGUGGUUGGGAUGGUUGUGCCUUGGGGGGG